AUGCGACUACAGAUUCUUCUUCACCCUCAAUUACGUACAACUCUGCCAGAAUGUGCCCAGCGCAGUCUUCGGAGGGAUAUCUGGGUCCGGUUCAAGUCGCAGAUCCCUCGGCCAUCGCAGAAGCAUCUUUCACCAUUACCCAAAUCGAAGGAAACCCUCCCACCUACGCGUCCUCCAGUCGCAAGAACUCUCACACCCCCAAAGACAACCACCAGGACAGGUAUUGUGAACUUUCCUUGCCAGCGAUCAAACGCGUGUGCUGAGCUGAGAGUCGCAGGUCCACCUGAACGAAUCUUGGUCUAUUAUGGAGGGACGGGCAGAGCUAUCUUUCUGGGGACGCUGCGAAUUACCACAGUGCUUUUAUUUGGUGCAGCAUGUCUAAUUGUUGCACCGGCGUGCUCCGUGGCUGAUGAUUACCCCUGGUACAGCACACCUGCGGUGAUUGCCGCUGGCGCCCUCCCGAUGCUAUUUGUAUCCUAUACUGCUGCGCCGUACGUGAACUUUAUCCAUCUGGCGCUACCCGCCUUUGCGAGAAAGUCCCGUGAAGCUGCCGUCCAGUAUGCAAAAGACCUGCCUCCGACAGCCGUGCUGUAUCUCACCAGCAUGCGAUUCAACACUAUUCCUCGGCAAACGGCUGUUCGUCUAGGAGAUCUCAUUCCGAUCAAAGACGCCUUGCGGCCCGUCACAUUCCAGAAUUUGAAUCCAUCGCCGCAACGAUGGUGGCAGGGCAGAGCUCCAACCAAAUUCUAUACUGGAACCCACAGCAAACCCGGCAGACAAACAUCGGCUUUCUUUCCAGAAUUGUGGAAUGUAAUCUACCAGCAGAUCCAAAAAGGCAAGUCGCAACCUCGUUGA